CACAUCAUGGAGACACCAUGGACCCAGCUGGGUGCCUUUGGUACCGUGGCCGGGGUGCUGCUGGCCUUCGUCACUCGCUCGGGCGAAGUCGAAAAACACCUACUGAAGUUGUUGAGUCUCUUCGCUCUUGCCAACAUUACCCUCAUUUCGUGGGCGCCAGCCUGGUUAGGCACCACCUCAAGCACAUCUGAAAUCGUCCUUCGAGUACUCUGGCUAGAUGUAGCGCUGCUCACGGGCCUGUUUGGGAAUAUCGUCGUGUACCGGCUCUUCUUCCACCGACUGCGCAACGUGCCGGGCCCGAUCGCAGCCCGUGUCUCGCGUCACUAUGCCGCCUACCAUACCGUCAAGGAUGCACAGAUGCACUAUACUGUUCAGCGUUUGCACCAGCAGUAUGGUGAUGUCGUCCGCAUUGGACCCCGAGAGGUUUCCGUCUGCCGCGCCUCGGCCAUCCGCGCCAUCUAUGGACCCCCAAGCCGAUGUAUCAAGGGACCUUGGUACGACCAGGUCACGAAUGAGAACGACAAGAAGCCGCUGUUUACUAUUCGGGACCUCAGAGUGCACAGUAAGCGACGCCGGCAGUGGGAUCAAGCAGCUAAAGGUAUCAACCACUAUCACAAUGCCCUACAGGAACAGAGCAGGAUCCUGAUAGAGAAGAUCCGCGAGCACCAAGGGCAGCCCAUGGACGUGACUAACUGGAUCAACUGUUAUACCUUCGAUGUCAUGGGACACAUCGUCCUGGGUGCGGAACUGGGGAUGCUGAAGACCGGGAAGAAGAUCCCCGAACUGCAGGUCAUCGACGAGGGCCAGCGAUACAUUGCGGUGGCCGGGACUAUGCCAUGGUUUCCACCACUGAUGCUGGGGAUUCCCGGUCUGUCCGCAAUUCUCAACCCGUUCCGGCACCACUGUCAUAAAUUGUUCGAUGCGAAGCGAGCGGCCAUGACGAAGGGGAGCGAGCCCAAAGACAUCAUUAGCUGGCUAAUUCAAGCCCAGGAGAAUGGUGAUCCUGGCGCGCCACCCACGGACCAAGCAAUCAAGGACGAUGCCUGGUUCAUCAUCGCGGCUGGCAGCGACACGACGGCAUCUGCGCUGAUCAAUGCGGUCUACUACCUCGCCACACAUCCGGGCGCGCAGGCCCAGCUCCAGCGAGAGAUCGAUGAGAGAUUGCCCGAGGGAAUAGAGGGCUUGUCAUACGAAAAUGUGAAGGAUCUCCCGUAUCUAACUGCGGUGAUCAAUGAGACACUGCGGUUGAAGCCAUCGGUGCUAGAUGGUCUGGUACGCGUCACCCCGCCGCAGGGACUGAAGGUGGACGAGGAUCUCCACCUGCCGGGCGAUGUGGUGGUGUCAGUGCCGACUUUUGCCAUUCAGCGCGAUGGGCGCUAUUGGGAGGAUGCCGACCAAUUUCGACCUGAGCGAUGGGCGUCGAUCGAGAACCCGGCCAAUAUGCCAUUCAUUCCGUUUUCACGAGGCUCGUAUGACUGCGUGGGCAAGAGUAUUGCGUGGAUGGAGAUGCGGAUGGCUUUGGCAAUGCUGGUGGGAGAAUACCACAUCCAGCUGGCCGAUGAGGAGCAGCGGGCCUUUGAUGGCAAAGAACUGGAUAACUUCGCCAUGUCGCUGUACGGCUUCGUCCACUCCACCUGCACGCGUCGUGUGCGCACCGCCCUGGCCGAGAAAGGGCUGGACGUGGAAAUCGUCCCCGUUGACCUGGCCAAGGGCGAGCAGAAGACCUCCUCUUAUCUGAACGAUCUUCAGCCGUUUGGCAAGGUGCCCGUGCUACAAGAUACCGAGACUGGCAUCCAGAUCUACGAAAGUCGCGCCAUCGCUCAAUACAUCGCUACCAAGUACCGCGGUCAGGGCACUGACUUGGCUCCUCCUGAGUCGGAUCUGAAGGCCUUUGCCUAUUAUCAGCAGGCCCUCUCCAUCGAACAAUCCUACUUCGACCCCCUCGUUUCCCAAAUCGCCUACGAAAAGGUCUUCAAAGCCCGCAAGGGUCACGGCCAGACCGACGAAGCCCGCGUGCAAUCCCUCUUCUCCCAAAUGGAGCUCACCCUUGAAGGUUACGAGCGGGUCUUGUCGAAGCAGCCCUACCUAGCCGGGCAGCAGCUUACACUGGCGGAUUUGGCUCACUUGCCGUACGGCGUCUUCAUUGAACAGUUUGGAUUCACGGAUGUGGUGAGCAAGUUCCCGCAUGUGCAGAAGUGGUGGGAGGGAUUGAAGGCUAGGGAGAGCUGGAAGAAGGUCACCGCGUAG